AUGCCGCCCAGGAGAAGAGCUGUGGCUCCUGCCAGCGCGCGGGCUGCGCAACCUUCAGAGGCUGCACCAGGCUCCAAGACCGCAGAAGCCUCCCGCCGAAAGCGUCCUUCUCAGUCGCAACCAAAGGAAACGUCGAAUCCUGAUCGGCCACCCAACAACGAAUAUGCAGCAGCCGACACAGAGAUGCAAGAGCCAGUACCGGAGCCGCUAUACCCAUACCGCCACCGAGAUCCAUUCGACGCGCUUCUGGAACCCUUUUACUACAAUAAAUCUCUUACCGAUCCCAUAAAUACGGCCAGGGAUAAAUGGAAUUUGUUGCCUGCGUUCUUGAAAGUCAAGGGUCUAGUGAAGCAGCACAUUGACUCAUACAACUACCUUGUCGAGGUUCAGUUGAAGAAGAUCGUCGAGGCGAGCUCUACUAUCCGUAGCGAUGUGGACCACAACUUUUACAUCAAAUUCACGGACAUCUACCUAGGCUUCCCUCGACGCGCGGACGAGCCUCAGGAUGUGCGUGCUGAGUUCGGCGAAUCUUCGGUGACCCCGCAGGAAUGCCGACUACGUGACACAACCUAUGCAGCUCCGAUUCAAGUCGACUUUGAGUACAUCCGUGGCCGUCAGCGAGUGAGAAGAAAAGGUGUGGCUGUCGGUAGAAUGCCAGUUAUGCUUCGCAGCUCGAAAUGCGUCUUGGCGAACAAGAGCCCAGCAGAGAUGACCGUGCUCAAUGAGUGUCCUCUUGAUCCCGGUGGCUACUUCAUUGUCAACGGGACGGAGAAGGUGAUCCUUGUCCAGGAGCAGUUGAGCAAGAACAGAAUUAUCGUUGAAACGGACCCAAAGAAGGAGAUCGUCCAGGCUUCUGUUACCAGUUCUUCCAACGAGCGAAAGUCUAAGAGUUAUAUCAUCUUGAAGAAGGACAAGCUUUAUGUCAAACAUAACGUGCUCAGCGAGGAGAUCCCCAUUGUCAUUCUGCUCAAAGCAAUGGGAAUUCAUACAGACAAGGAGAUGAUGCUCUUGGUUGCCGGUGUGGAUAAGGUGUACCAAGAGGACUUUGCGAUCAACUUUGAGGAGGCGAUCAAAGUUGGUAUCUACACACAGCAGCAGGCUCUCGACUGGAUUGGCUCUCGGAUCAAGAUAAACCGCAAGCAGAUGUCAUAUCGCCGGACUCACGUGCAAGAAGCCGUCGAGGCGAUUGCAUCCGUCAUCAUAUCUCAUAUUGAAGUGAAAGACAUGAAUUUCCGACCGAAGGCUAUCUAUGUUGCCAACAUGGCACGUCGUGUUCUCAUGGCAAAGAACGAUGCCUCCAUGGUUGACGACCGUGAUUAUCUUGGAAACAAGCGAUUGGAAUUGGCUGGUCAGCUCCUGGCUCUGCUUUUCGAAGAUCUUUUCAAGAAAUUCUGCUUCGAUAUCAAGAUGAAUAUUGAUAAAGUUCUGAACAAGCGCAACCGAGUUGAAGCGUUUGACGCUUGGAGUGUUAUCAGCAUGCAUAGCAACCAUAUCACGCAGGGAAUGAACCGAGCCAUUUCGACAGGAAACUGGAGUUUGAAGCGUUUCCGUAUGGAACGUGCUGGUGUUACACAUGUGCUCAGCCGGCUGAGCUACAUCGCUGCUCUGGGAAUGAUGACACGUAUUAGCAGUCAGUUCGAAAAGACGAGGAAAGUCAGCGGUCCCAGAGCUCUGCAACCCUCUCAGUUUGGAAUGCUUUGCCCCGCCGAUACCCCAGAAGGAGAAGCCUGUGGUCUUGUGAAGAACCUUGCCCUUAUGACACAUAUCACAACCAACGACGAAGAAGGUCCAAUCAGAAAUCUGAUAUUCAUGCUCGGCGCCGAAGACAUACAGACCGUGGGAGGAAAGGAGAUUUAUGCUCCUGGAAGCUACACGAUUUCAAUCAACGGUACCCCUAUGGCCCUCACCCGCCGGCCAAAAUACUUCCUGAAUGCUUUCCGAAGACUUCGGCGCAUGGGGAGAAUCUCCGAAUUCGUCAGCAUCUACAUCAACCACCACCAGCGUGCUGUCCAUGUUGCGACUGACGAUGGACGAAUUUGCCGGCCGCUUAUUGUUGUUGAGAACGGCAAAUCUCGUGUCAAAAAGCAUCAUCUCCAGAAGCUGCGUGAUGGAACAAUGCAGUUUGACGACUUCUUGGCCCAAGGUUUAGUUGAGUAUUUGGACGUCAACGAGGAGAACGAUUCGUUGAUUGCUAUCUAUGGAAAGGACAUCACCGACACUACCACCCACAUGGAGAUUGAGCCUUUUACCGUUCUCGGUGCUGUCGCCGGCUUGAUUCCCUAUCCUCACCACAAUCAGUCCCCGCGUAACACCUACCAGUGCGCUAUGGGUAAACAAGCGAUUGGAGCUAUCGCAUCAAACCAGUUCCUUCGGAUUGACUCGAUUCUUUACCUCAUGGUUUACCCACAAAAACCCAUGGUCAAGUCUCGCACUAUUGAGUUGACCAAAUAUGAUCAGCUGCCGGCUGGUCAAAACGCCACAGUUGCCGUUAUGAGUUACUCUGGUUACGAUAUUGAGGAUGCCCUGGUUUUGAACAAGGGUUCGGUCGACCGAGGCUUCGGACGUUGCCAGGUUUUCCGCAAGUAUGUCACGAACCUCAAGAGUUAUUCGAACGGGUCAAAGGACAUCCUGAACCCGCCUUCGUACGAGAAUGGCGCGCCAAUCAGGAAGCAUGCCCUUCUGGAAGGCGACGGCUUGGCUGCCGUAGGAGAACAAGUUAAUGCUGGCGAAGUAUACAUCAACAAGUCUACGCCGGAUCAGUCUAUGUCCUCGGGCUUCAAUGGAUCCGAUGCAGGCCAGCCGAUCAGCUACAGCCCCACUCCUAUGACAUACAAACUUCCCGACCAUGCGUAUAUCGACAAGGUUAUGGUUUCCGUCACCGAGAAUGAGAACCAAAUCGUCAAAGUCCUCACGCGUCAGACUCGAAGACCCGAGGUCGGCGACAAGUUUUCCUCUCGCCACGGACAGAAGGGUGUUGUCGGUAUCAUCGCUGACCAAGCGGACAUGCCAUUCACUGACCAGGGUAUCAAUCCUGACAUUAUCAUGAACCCCCACGGUUUCCCGUCCCGUAUGACAGUCGGAAAGAUGCUGGAACUUGUCGCCGGUAAAGCCGGUGUUCUUUCAGGACAGCACGGGUAUGGAACGUGCUUCGGCGGUAGCCCUGUUCAGGAGAUGUCCCAGAUUCUGAUCGACAAAGGAUUCAGCUACGGUGGCAAGGACUACCUUACUUCUGGAAUCACCGGAGAAGCCCUUCCCUUCUACGUCUUCACCGGCCCUAUUUACUACCAAAAACUGAAGCACAUGGUCCAAGACAAGAUGCACUCGCGUGCUCGAGGACCACGCGCUAUUCUCACCCGCCAGCCAACGGAAGGUCGUUCCCGCGACGGUGGUCUCCGUCUCGGAGAGAUGGAACGUGAUUGUUUGAUCGCCUACGGAACUAGUCAGCUCCUUCUGGAGCGACUGAUGAUCUCCUCCGAUCGUCACGAGGUCGACGUCUGCGAGCAGUGUGGCUUCAUGGGGUACUUGAACUGGUGCCAACGCUGCAAGUCCUCCAGGAGCGUGGUGAAGAUGGUUAUCCCAUACGCCGCGAAGCUUCUCAUCCAGGAGUUGAUGAGUAUGAAUGUUACGGCAAGGCUGAAGCUGGAUGACGAGUUCCCUGAAUCGAAGGGGCGAUAG